GUCAUCUACUGGUGAUCUUACCGCGAAGGAGCCCCUCUGGCUAGAAAUUCGCGAGCUUCGCUGCAGAUUCCGAGUACCGAGCCACCCAUUGGUUCUCUCACGGCCUUGGCCGUCGCUCCUCCUGAGCGGAGUACGCGCGCGAGGGGGCGCGCGUGGAGGCCGUCCCGGAGGAGGUACUCCGUGCGCGGUGUGCGCCCUCGAGGCCGGAAAUCACACCGACUGUGGUCAGUGGUGGUGUCUGUGCGUAGUGCUGUAGCUUUAUCCGCCAUCCAGAGGCACUGAAAAUGCCAGUGUUUCACACGAAAACGAUCGAGAGCAUUUUGGAGCCUGUAGCUCAUCAGGUGUCCCGGCUGGUGAUCCUACACGAGGAGGCCGAGGAUGGGAACGCCAUGCCGAACCUGGAGCGGCCCGUGCAGGCCGUCUCCCGGGCCGUCAGCAACCUGGUCAAGGUGGGCCGGGAGACGAUCAACUCUAGCGACGACCCGAUCCUGCGCCAGGACAUGCCGGCCUCGCUGGUGCGCGUGGAGCAGGCCAGCCGGCUGCUGGAGGAGGCCUCCUCCAUGCUGAAGGCCGACCCGUACUCGCAGCCCGCCAGGGGUAAGCUGAUCGACGGCUCGCGCGGCAUCCUUCAGGGCACCUCCUCGCUGCUGCUCUGCUUCGACGAGUCCGAGGUGCGCAAGAUCAUCGUCGAGUGUAAGCGAGUGCUCGACUACCUGGCCGUGGCCGAGGUCAUCGACACCAUGGAGGACCUGGUGCAGUUCGUCAAGGACCUCAGUCCCUGUCUGACCAAGGUGUCACGUGACGUGGACGCCCGAGAGAAGGAGCUCACCCAUCAGGUGCACCGUGAGAUGCUGAUUCGCUGCCUGGAACAGGUCAAGACGCUGGCUCCCAUCCUCAUCUGCAGCAUGAAGAUCUACAUUCAGCUGACCAGCCACCCCAACAACAAGGGCUCCGGCGAGGCGGCGGAGAACCGGAACUACCUGGUCGGCCGGAUGGGGGACGAGAUCACCGAGAUCAUCCGCGUGCUGCAGCUGACCACCUACGACGAGGACGAGUGGGACGCCGACGUACUGACCGCGCUGCGGCGGGCCGAGAACGCCAUCGCCGCCAAAAUGCAGCCGGCCACCGACUGGCUCCAGGACCCGCUGGCGGUGCGCGGCGGCGUCGGGGAGAAGUCACUCCGCUCGAUCGUCGAGCUCUCAGGACGGGUGGCGGACCGCGCGCUGCCUCAGGACCGGGACGCCAUCAACAAGAUGGCCGGCGACGUCACCUCCAUGACGGACGCGCUUUGUGAGCUGCGCUCCAGCGGCCAGGGCACCAGUCCUCAGGCGCAGGGGCUGGCCCGCAGUCUGCAGGGUCAGCUGGGGGAUCUGCACGGCCUGGUGCGCCGCGCCGUGGCCAAUGUGGAGCGGGCCGGGGUGCGGCAGCCGGCGCACACGCUGGCAGGGCGGCUGGAGCAGGCGCGCCGCUGGCUGCAGACGCCCGACGGGCCGGACCGAGAGCUCGGACAGCGCGCCAUACAGCUGGUGGUCGAAGAGGGUCGACGGGCAGCGGAUAACCUGAGCGGCCAGCCGCGGCAGCAGGUGCUCUCACUCUGUGACGAGGUGGAGGGCCUAUCUCGGCAGCUGGCCGACCUCGUCCGGCGCGGACAGGGCAACACGCCCCAGGCGCAGGCGCUCGCCAAGCAGCUCUCGGCUAAGCUGCAGCAGCUGAAGGACCGCAUCCAGAACGCGCUGGUGGGCCGCGUGGUCGAGGACUUUGUCGACAUCUGCACGCCGCUCAAACAGUUCACCGAGGCCACGCUGGCCCCCGAGGGCACCCCGGGCCGGGAGCAGAACUUCUCCGACAAGGCGGACAACCUGCAGCGGUUCAGCACGCGGGCCGCUCGCACCGGCCGCAUGGUGGCCUCAGCCGGCGCCUCCGGCAACAAGAAGCUCUCCGAGGCGCUGCAGGCCUCCGCUAAUGAGGUGGAGAGCCUGUCGCCCCAGCUGGUGAACGCCGGCAGUAUCCGUCUGCAGCACCCUCAGAACCGCGCCGCCGACGAGCACUUUGAGAACCUGCGCCGGCAGUACGCCGAGUCCAUCAGCCGAGUGCGGGACCUCAGCGACGAGGCCAUCGACGCCGCCAAGUUCAUCCGACAGUCCGAGGAGCUGAUGCGGAAACACACUGGCCAGUGUGAGGACGGGAUACAGCGGCGGGACCCGCAGCAGGUGGUCGACAACACAUCGGCCAUCGCCAGGCUGGCCAACCGGGUGCUGAUGGUGGCGCAGAAGGAGGCGGACAACUCGGAGGACCCCCGGUUCAGGACCGAGAUUCAGGCGGCCGUCGACCGGCUACAGAGCAGCGUGACACCGAUGGUGCAGAGCGCCAAGACGGUGGCCCAGAACCCCGCCGACCAGAACGCCGCCGCCCGGUGGCGAGGGGCCAACCAGGAGCUGCUGGAUGCCGUCGGUCAGGUGCGGAAGGCGGUCGGAUCCGAUGUGGAUCUCAUCCCGGGCAUGUCGCAGCUGGAGCUGAACGAUGCCAUCGGCCGCGACAAGCGUGACCGGGAGGAGGAGCUGGGUGCCCUCCUGGCAGAGAUGGAGAAGGUGUCUCAGGCGGCCCACGCCGCGGAGCUGAGCGCCGCGCCGCCCCGCUCAGAGACGGCGCCGCCGCGGCCGCCGCUGCCGGCCGGCGGCCAGCCCCCGCCGCGCCCCCCGCCGCCGCCGGAGACCGAUGACGAGGAGGACAGCCACGUGUUCCGGCACGCGCCGCCGGCCAACCAGCCCAUCAUGGCCGCCGCGCACGGACUCCAUCAGGAGGUGGCUCAGUGGAGCAGCCGUGACAACGACAUCAUCGCUGCCGCCAAGCGUAUGGCGCAGCUGAUGGCGCGUCUCAGUCAGCUGGUGCGCGGCGAGGGCGGCGGCACCAAGCGAGACCUGAUCGCCUGCGCCAAGGCCAUCGCCGAGGCGUCGGAGGAGGUCACUCGACUGGCCAAGGAGCUCGGCCAGGAGUGCACCGACAAGAGGAUGAGGACGCAACUGCUCCAGGUGUGCGAGCGUAUCCCCACGAUCGGCACCCAGCUGAAGAUCCUCUCCACCGUCAAGGCCACCAUGCUGGGAGCCCACGGAGCUGACAAGCUGGACAGGCGCGCUGAUGGCAUAGUGACCAGCGGUACGGAGGAGGACCAGGAGGCCACCGACAUGCUGGUCGGUAACGCCCAGAACCUGAUGCAGUCGGUGAAGGAGACGGUGCGCGCCGCCGAGGCGGCCAGCAUCAAGAUGAGAACGGACGCCGGCAUCCAGCUGCGCUGGGUCCGCAAGUCGCCCUGGUAUCAGUAGACGCCCAUAACGCGCCGCGGACCGGCCGGUGACGUCACCACGGCCCGGCCGGCCGCCUGAUGACGUCACUGACCGACUGUUGCAGAGGUUACAACUAGUCACGGCGGUGGCGCUGGAGGUCAUUGGCCAGAGACGUGAAACGUCGAGUGUUGAGCAGCUCGACCUGCCUCCAUACACUGCCCUUUACUGGAUUUGUUUUGUGGAACAUGUCAUUAAUCGCAUGUUAAUGUUUUAAAAAAUUUAUCAGAUAUGGCACAAUAUGCCAUACCUAAGGUUGGCGUUAUAACAUAGCAUAAAUCAGGUCAGUAAAGUAAUCGAGCUUACGUCGGAAGCGAUUUCGCGAUUUUAGGUCGCGCGUUUUGCGCCCUGCAACUGGUGUGCAAUAUGUGACAACUAUCGAACAAUUAAUGCGGACAAGGUGUCAGAAUGGUCGUGUUUACCGACUAUUCGAGGCUAUUUAACACAGUCACAAGAGAAUGCAACUACUUAGAUAACUGACCCUGUGUUGAAUGGCCUGUCAAUAACACUAAUGUUGCUAAUAUCAGGGUUAAGCGGAGCGAUUUGACGGUAAUUACAUUUGUUAUAACGAUGUAACACCGUGUUGUCGUCUGUUUAUGCUGCCUUUUGAAGACUGGCCAGUGAAGUGGGCCGACCCGACCCCCAGUCAUUUUACAGUUGUUUGUGAAAACAGCGCACUUUUUUCCCGCGCCAGUCCUAGUCUUUUGUCGCCUGCUGUACCUGUGAAGGAAAGCUGCCUUACGGGCGGGGUGCGCCCCCAGUCGCAUGUGGUGCCUUCACCGUCCAGUGCCUAUUGGUUUGUAAUUCACCGGCCUGCCCGAUACGUGUGGACUCGUCUGACGUCUGUAACAGUGCCGAGGCCGCGCCGAGCUCGGGUUCUCUCUGGCCCCGUGUCACCGCCCGUCUGACAAUAAAACAGAACCUAACAACUGGCAGCUGGAAAUCGGCGCCCAAUAAAGGCUGACGACUAUC